GGUUUUUGGGAUUCUCAUUCUAAACAUCGUGGAUCGUGGCACAAUUUUCGCAAAAAAACUUAUUAAAAGGCCAUUAAAUUGUUCAAAUUUUUAGCUGUGAGAAAUUUCUUACUGCUUAAUUUCGACAGAUUCUAAGACAAAAUUGACAUAAAGGUCCUUCCAAUCUUGUUUUUUUUAGAUAGUAGAACUUUCCCUCAUUGCAAUAUCUGUGACUUCUUCCAAAACAAUCGCCAUUUCAAAACAAUUCCCUCACUCCGGAAAACAUGUCUUUUGUGAUAAAAUUCGCCAAAGGAGUCCGGAAUCACUGGAAAAAGUCCACUUUUGCCGCGGCCCUGGUCACAUAUGGAGCCUCUUAUGCCAAUGACAAGGCCAAGAUCAAUAAAUUAAUGAGGGAAUACUGUCUGGAAGCUUCAGUUUCCGGAGAUGCCACUGCUUCUGUUUCCCAGCCACCCAAGAGAGUCCUAGUUUUGCUGAAUCCUGCGGCGAACAGACGCUCAGCAGAGGAAACAUUCAAGAAAUACUGUGAGCCUAUUCUCCAUUUGGCAGGAUUUCUUGUAGAUAUCGUCAAGACGGAUUCUGAAGGACAUGCCAGGAGGCACAUUGAGCAGCUGACUAGUUUUCCGAGUGCCAUAGUUGUGGCAGGAGGAGAUGGAACGCUGUCAGAAGUAGUGACAGGGAUGAUGAGGAAGAUUGACAGCAAUGAAGCUUGUCCUAUUGGGAUUCUUCCAGUUGGACGAACAAAUGCUUCCUGUGCUGAAGAUUUCCCGCGUCAGAAGCAAAAUCGGGUGGAGGAGGCUCGUCAAUUGGCUGAAGCUGCCAUUUCUAUUGUCCGGGGGAAUGUGGCCAGGAAAAAUGUGAUGAAAAUCGAGGUUGUAUCAACAGAAGAGGAGGAAUACCGACGCCCGGUUUAUGCUGUGGGAUCAUUUCAAUGGGGAGCUUUUAGGGAUAUCUUGUCCCUGAGGGAUCAGUAUUGGUAUACUGGUCCUUUCAGGGAGUACAUGGCAUUCCUGGUCAAUUCCUUCAGUUCCCGUCCGACAUGGGAAUGCGAAGCUGAUAUCAGGUACACUCCUCCCUGCACCGGAUGCAGGAAUUGCGGGGUUACUGCGAAGAAGCCCAAUGUCCAUGAAGGUAGAUGGUGGACUAGAUUUCUUCCCAGAAACACGGUAAACUUAGCUCCUGGAAAUGAUUUCUCGAAGGUAGUUAAUGAAAUGUGCUCGAAGGAAUUUGUAAUUGAAGGGAAGCACUCUGAAGUGAUUAUCCAGACAGCUCCAGAGAGUCUACGGAUGAAACUCGCAGAGUUAGAGGAUUCUGCUUUUAGUUAUAUUCUGAAGAGCUGGAAGAGAUUGCGGGGAAUUGAAGUGGACAGUACGGCUGGGAAGGAACCUAUUGAAGCAAGAACUGUUCAAAUCCUUCCAGGAAAUGAAGAUAAUCCUCCCAAGGACAAGUACUAUGCCAUUGACAAUGAAGAAUACGAUGUGAAACCCAUCAAAAUAACCCUUCUUCCUCGUGCUAUCAAUAUGUUUUCUCCAGAAGUCGCAAAAUAAAUCUUGAUUGUAACUUA